ACGAGUCUGAUUGAAAAAAAGAUUUACACUAGAUAUGGCGUUCCGAUUGGUAACCAGGAGGAUGUUUUGUGCUGUAGGAGAAACCUCAAUCUCUCAUCACUCAAAAAGUCGCUGGGAAAAACUGAAAAAUAGUAAAGCAGGUAUCUGGUGCCGCAGUCUGAUGUCUGACUACAAAGAGGCGUGUGUUGAUAUGGUUGUUGGCGUCUAUGAGCGUCCUGUCAAAGCAUCAGUUUGCAUUACCGUGCUCGGAGGCGCAUUAACCUGUUUCUUCUCAAAGCCCGAUUACUCAUCUUUUGAAGUCUCUCUCCUUGAGCGCUCCAAUCAGCUGGCUCUGCUGUCAUCAUGGAUCCGCAAUGCAUCCUCUGAUAGCCAUGUGCAGAAUCUGCUUAAGCUUCGCAAUGAAGGCCGUCUCCGCCAUGUCAACCUGGGAUUACUUUCUUUGAUUUAUUUUACUGACCAUAACCCUGACAGCACACUGUUUGAAGCUCGGUGUUCCAGUUUGUCAGUAAUUUGGAGAGAGUUCCCUAGACGUGUAAUGGAUGUCGGCUUUGCCGGUCACUGGUGGAUCCUGGACUCAAAGAUGACAAACUAUGAUGUGAACGAAGAUGAGUUCAUGUACCUACCAGUGCAUAUGCAGAAGACGUCACCACCCACUGUUCAGAUGGUGGAAUUAAAUGAGCGACUGCACAGAGAGUCCUGGGUUGCACUGAAAUUGGAAGCGGCGGAGAAAGAAACGAUUGAAAUGCCCAGAAGCAGCACAGUAGAGACAUAAAAUAUUGGAUGAGGAUGAAACUGGUGUUUAGUUGAUAAAUGUAUGCUAUUUAAUUGAAAAAUAAUGUACUUAAUUAAACCAUGAUUAAAUAAAUAUACAAUAAA